AUGGAAACUGUAAAACCACGUACAUCUACUGAUACUCAAGAAUCAAAAACAGCUCGAGUACCUAAUAUUAUAAAUAAUCGUUCAUCAUUUCAUGAAACAGUUAUUCGUACUCAACAAUUAAUGCGUGUUCUUAAAACAAUGCAUACAAUUGGUGAAAUCAAACAAGAAGAUGUAUUAGGAAAAAAUAUAAAUAUGAAACAACAUCAUCGACGUUCUGCGACUUUAUUAAAAAAAGUAACAUCAGAUAAUUUCGAGAACUCUCUUGUUAAUCAUCAAUGUGUUAUAAGUUCACUUCUAGUUCUGACAAGAUAG